AUGCUGGGUCGAGGUCACAACCUUUCUUCGCUGUGCCCUGUGACCUGGGACCGGGUCACGUGCUGGCCCUUCGCGUCCCCCGGCACCACCGUCCACCUGCCGUGCAUGAGGGAGUUACAUGGCGUUUUUUAUGACCAGAGAGACAACGUGAGCCGUUUCUGCCAAAGCGACGGAACUUGGGAGCCCCGCAGUAACUACAGUGCUUCCGACAGAAUCAUAGUGGGCGGAAUGAGAGACGUCACCCUAUCGGAGAAUUUAGCAACACUGCACCUACUAGGCUAUGCUGUUUCUGUGGCUGCGCUGGGUAUUGGCCUCUUCAUCUUCAUCAGGUUCAAAGACCUGAGAUGUGUCCGUAAUACGAUCCACAUUCACCUGAUGCUCACCUACUUACUGCUAGACACUUGCUGGCUCCUGGCCGCUACCUCCCAGAUGCUCACCUCGGGCGUCGGAGGACAGCUGUUCUGCAGCCUCGUCCUGAUCUUCCAUUUCCUCCACCUCGCCAAUUUCUCCUGGAUGUUCAUAGAAGGGCUGUACUUGUACUUGUCUGUCGUAAAGACGUUUUCCGUCGAGAAGAUCAAGUUACGCCUCUACCUGCUUCUUGGAUGGGCCUUGCCUCUCCCCUUCGUGACGACCUGGGCUGCCCUGAGAGUCGCCUUCAGCAGCCAACACGAGGUAAGCGGAGGCGGAGGACGCAUAGGUCAUACACCAGAGACCAGUCCCCCAGUCAAUUCCAAGGGCAUUUUGCAGGAGGUGGCGAGGCCGGAUUUCGACAUGGCUUGUCCUUGGCUGGAGGAGUCGCCGCUAGACUGGGUCCACCGCGUCCCUGUGCUGGUCGUCCUCAGUGUCAACACGUUCUUCCUCGUACACGUGAUGGUGGUGCUCGUGAAGAAGCUCCGAGCGACGACGAGUUUGGAGUCCCAGCCGUGGCUCCAGCAGACCAAGCGGGCGCUCAAGUCUCUCUUUGUCCUGAUGCCUCUACUGGGCUCCCCCCACGUUCUCCUGCUGCUGGCCCCCGCGCGCGGCACUUUCUCCGUGGUCGUCGCCUACACGAGGGCCAUCGUGCUCUCGACGCAGGGCCUCGUGGUGACUGUGUUCUACUGCUUCCUCAACUCCGAAGUGCAGGAGUCCAUCAACAACCACAUGGAGCGCUGGAAGAGCACGAGGGAC